CUUCAAUUGCAGAGGAUCGAGGCUUGGUGCAGAGCCAAGAUUUUGGGUGUUUCAAAAUGGUGGAACCAGUGAAGGGCACAGUGCGCAAGGAUUAUGAGGGACGGAAUACCGUGUACACUUUCCUUGUGGUCAUCACCGCAGCGUUGACGGGCUUGCUGCUGGGCUACGAUAAUGGAAUCAUGGGUGGCGUGGUCACUAUGAGGGACUUCCAGGACAAGUUUUUCCCAAGCGUUGCUAAUCACGGUGACGGCGAGACAGGGGGCGCUUCCGAUCCGUACUGCAAGUACAAUGAUCACAUGCUGGAGCUCGUUGUCUCAUGCCUGUACCUUGCGGCAAUCGUGGGAGCCCUUGGCUCAGAAGUGACCUCCCGCAAGUACGGACGUAGGGUGACGAUGGUGAUUUCUGGGAUCUUCUUCACAGCUGGCGCCGUCCUGUUGGCCGCGGCAGUCAACAUGGGAAUGCUGGUGAUUGGGCGCCUGGUCCUCGGACUGGGCGUCGGCGUGGGCACCACAGUGGGACCAGUCUAUCUGUCCGAGAUUGCGCCUCCCAAGCUGCGCGGCACGCUCAAUGUCAUCUUCCAGCUGCUCAUCACCAUCGGCAUCCUGGCUGCAGGUCUGAUCAACCUGGGAGCCCAGUACAUCCACCCAUGGGGCUGGCGGCUGUCGCUUGGCAUUGCAGGUGUGCCUGGCAUCAUCAUCUUCCUUGCAGGGCUUGUGCUGCCGGACUCCCCCAGCAGUCUUGCUGAGCGGGGUCGUUUUGACAAGGCUCGCCAUGUCUUGGAGAGGUGUCGCGGCGUCCAGAAUGUGGACAUCGAGUACGAGGACAUCAUGGAGGCUGCUCGCCAGUCCAAUCUGAUCAAGUCCCCCUACUACAACAUCUUGAAGAGGAAGUACCGGCCUCAGCUCAUCAUCGCCUGCAUCUUCAUGAUCUUCCAGCAGUUUGACGGCAUCAAUGCUAUCAUCUUCUAUGCGCCAGUGCUCUUUGAGGGCAUUGCCGGCGGCAGCACAGGCGCACUCCUCAACACUGUGGUCGUCAACCUGGUGAACGUGUUUGCCACGUUUGGGGCCAUUGCUUUUGUGGACAGGCUGGGCCGCAGGAAUAUGCUGCUGAUUGCCUCAGUUCACAUGUUUGUGACGCAAAUCAUUGUGGCCGGCCUGCUGGGUGCCGAGUUCGAGAAGUUCGGCUCCGGGCUGCCUCAGAGCAUCUCCAUUGCUAUCCUUAUCAUUUGCAUUUACAUCUGCGGGCAUGCCUAUGGAUGGGGCCCGAUCGGUUGGCUGUACCCCUGCGAGAUUCAGCCUCUUGAGACGCGCGCUGCCGGAUCCGCCAUCAACGUCUCCAGCAACAUGCUCUUCACCUUUGUGAUCGGCCAGAGCUUCACCACCAUGCUUUGCUCCAUGCGAUAUGGAGUCUUCCUUUUCUUUGCUGGGUGCCUGGUGAUUGCUGGCCUCGUGGUGUACUUCUUCUUCCCUGAGACCACCGGCAUCCCUGUGGAGACCACCCACACAGUGUUCCGCGACCACUGGUUCUGGCCAAAGGCUUACCCGGAGAUCCUGACUGUGCACGAGGCCGACAUUCCGCCACCCGCCAAGACCACAGCGCCCGCUGAGGACAGGGCCAAUGCUAAAGUCUGAAUGGGCAGCGAGGCCUUGCUGCAUUUUGCACCUUUGUAUAGAGGGGAAUACGUAGCAACAGCUGAAAGAGGCUGCUCCUUGCUGAGGGGCCAAGAGGGCCGAGCAGUAGGCAAAGAGCUUGCUAUCGUGCUGAAGGACACCUGCUGCUAGAGGAUCCUUGCUGCCAACACUAUCCUUCGAAGUAUAUUGCAGAUCGUGAUCUCUAAGCCACAUAGAGAACUUUGAGGGAUGUGGGAUUUGAAGGAGGAUUUUUGAAGUAAAGAAGAGGGAUUUUGAUGGACAUGUGUACAGUGCCGGGCUUGGAGCACACAUUAUGUGCUCCGAUCUGGUCAAUGUUUUUGGAAUGAGCCUGGGAGAGGGAUGACUUGUACCCAAAACUGUCGUUCACCUACCCUUUAGCUGUCGGAUUUUGAAUGGCAAACAGUUUGAUUCCAUCGAACAAGCCGCUCUGUUAAAGGGACUGCGCCAUCUUUGCCCUGCAUGCUUGUAUGUGUACAGCGAGCUGAACUUCUGUGGUCAUAUUUGCAAUAUCUGAAUAUUUAUGAACGGCAUGGUCUUGCCGCGCAAUUUCAUGUACAAGUGCGCAGGAGCAUGCAAGUUUCCGCACCAUCUCGCUUUGGCAAUUUGUUUUGUCUCAUGUGAUUGUAAAGCGAUGCUAUACGUUC